AUAGUUGUCAUAGAAUACAUACAAGGUCAGACACUUGCACAUGCUUAUAGUGAUGAACCCUUACUGGAGGAUGUCAAGAUGACUAUCAAAAAGGGUCUUGACAUGCUUCACAAUGAAGAUCUUGUUUUUGGAGAUCUUUAUAAGCAAAAUGUCAUAAUUGCAGAUGAGACUGAUGAAGAGAGUGGGAGUAAUAGGGUUAGGUUUAUUGAUUUUAACUGGACUGAAAAGGCUGGAGAUGUCAGAUAUCCUCUUCAUUUGACCUUUUGCAUAUGUGAUAUCUCUGGCAUGUUGGAGUAUGAUCUCAUACAGAAAGAUCAUGAUAUCAAGAUGCUGGAUACCUUGUGA